CGACUAAUGAAAGGAUGGAUCUCACCUGUGUAUGCCUUCUUUGAGCCUACUCCCCGCAUUGUUGAAAUUAAUGGGCGCUGCACACAUGAAUUUAAAUGUGGUGCACGCGGAUGCAAAACAACCAUUCAAUGGUUCCUCAACAAAAAAGAUGUGCAGUCGACAGGCAACAUGAGGAAACAUGUUAAGUCCUGCUGGGGGAAUGCUGUACUGACUGCCGCUGAUGAUGCAAAAGAUGCAAAUGAGGUCCAGACAAAGAUCAUUACCAGUAUCCUACGAGAUGGGUCAAUCACAGAGUCUUUUGAACAUAAGGGGAAGGGGAAGGUUACAUAUGCUCACCGUCAGCAUACAUGCACCAAGACAAAAGCCGAAAUAGUCUGCUGGGUGUCAGAAAGCCCGUGGCCAUUGGAGAUUGUGAAAGACAGAGCAUUUCAGUUGUUGAUGAAGACCGGAAGGCCAGAGUACUACAUACCUUCCCCCACAACUGUUGCACGUGAUGUCAAACUCGUAUUCGUGUGUACAUGCCAACAAAUUGCUAAAAUGUUGCAGGAAUAUGACGGUAAAAUGAACUUUACCACUGACGGAUGA